CGUAUCCGUAGGUAGGAUCAUCAUAUCAUAUAUAUAGCAGCUGAAUCGAGCAGCGUACGUAGAUCAAUGCUCGGAUCUCCCCCCGAUAACUUUCCUUCAGCUGAGUAGGCACCAACGGCUUGAUUCAUCCAUGGCGUCAUGGUCGGAUCUCCCCGGAGAGCUUCUACGGAUCAUCAUCGCCGCCCUCCCCGACCCGAUUCACCACGCUCGCUUCCAAGCAGUCUGCCGUUCCUGGCGCUCUGUCCUGUCUCCGCGCAAGCUACCCAGGGUCCUGCUCCCAACAGGAUCCAUGUUGCUCCCCUUUGACAGCGCCCCCCACAGAAUGUUUCCCCUCCCAGAAAACCAGCGCUUCGUUGGCUCCACCGACUGUUUUCUCACCAUCGAUGUCAUCGAUGCUCACAACAAGCAUACAUAUGUGCUCACUAAUCCUUUCUCAAGGACCAUGCUAGAGCUCCCGGAGCUUGACGCUGUCAUCGGCAAUGUUCCCGAAACCUUUGGGAUCCACAAGGUGCUCACGCACUCUGGCCUCCAUGGUCUCGUCGUCAUAAGGACCAACAACCGCAAUCAUCCCAUCAUCUUGCUAAACCGAGGCAAGGGUGUGUGGUUACCCAAGCCACGACAUCAACCCUUCACCCGCAUCAUCGACGUCGCGUUCCUCAAAGACACACUCUAUGCCAUCACACAGGCUGAGAACCUCAUCUCCUUGGGCGUCGCCUUUGAUACCAAAGGCAUACCCACGGUGACCAGCAUUAAGCGCGUCAUCACAGGCCCGAUUGUCACUCUUGAGAAAGACAAAGAUGCACCGGGAAAGAGAUCACCCCGCGACUACAUAAUUAAUGACGCUGUGCACUUGGCACGCGACCACGAAAGACCUCAUGUUGAUAUCCUGACCGCCUGGUACCUGGUACAAUCGCAAGGGAAGCUGCUUAUGGUGAGACGCGAGAUGGAAUGUACUAGCUACCUUGAGGGUUUCACUCGUAAGGUGGAGGUUUUUGAAGCGGACGUCGGUGCAAGAACGUGGGUGCCCAUGUCGACUGGUCUACAUGGCCAUGCACUCUUUCUUAGCAAACACUCUAGCAAGUCUAUUGUUGCGGGUGACGAGAUUGAAGAAGAUACUAUUUAUUUUAUUGACAAUGGUGAAGUAUUCAACCUGAGAUCCAAGACUACAAGCCCUCCAAAUAAAGAUUUCGGUUUCGAUGCGAUGUGGCUCUUUUAUCCCAGUUCAUUGUAGAUCAUAGUUGUUUUUUUGGGAUAGAUCAUAUCAUUAUUAUUUUUGAAGGGAAAAGAUAGAUCAUAGUUCCUUUUUUUGCGAGGGAUAGAUAAUAGUUUGUUGUACUAGUUGUUUACCGAAAAUUGUAAGAGCAUAUUACUAAACGUAUAUAAAUCGAUGUGUUUUGAUCUAUC